AUGCACGUCUACCUCCAGGAUGCUCCGCGCGUGAUCGCACUCGUCUCCGACGACAUCGGCGCUCCCCACCAUGCUAAACCAUCAGAGAAGCUUACUUCGGCGACCGCCAUCCUCAUCUCGACCCAGGCUGGCGCAGCCAUCGACAAUGCCGCGGCAGCAUCCACGGGGUCAACAUCGGCAAACGCUCCAGGGGCAGCGAGGGCAAUAGUCGAGGUCGUCAAGGAUCACGAGAUCCAAGGCAUAACGCUGCAGAGGCUCACAACGAAACCCAUUUAUGGAUGUCUCGGCCUCAUCAAUGUCGGUCAGGACCUCUUUGUGGCCGUCGUCACUGGAGCCCAAGGUGUCGGUAUGAUCAGGCCGGGCGAGAUGGUCAUGCGCAUCACCUCGGUCUCUUUCUAUUGUGUCAACCGCUCCACGUGGGACGAGACGCUCAUCUCCGAGGCUCCAGGCUCGCAGCCAGAGACCCACGACUCAUACGGUCCUGGCCACGAAGGGGCCGUCACACAACCCAGUGUCUACGAGCAUCCUUGCACCAGCCUCAAGAAGCUACUCAGCACCGGCACCUUCUACUUUGCCGAGGGCGGCGCCUUUGAUCUUUCAACACGGCUCGAUCAGCGUCUUGCGAAUGCCUCGAUAGGUCAGAAGUCCGGGCACGACAUCUCACGCUACGACAGUCGCUUCGUCUGGAACAACUACAUGAUCGAGCCCCUCAUCAGCUUUCGCGAACGCCUCGACCGGUCCGACCGCGCUAGGAUCGACGAUGGCUGCUUUCUGCUCGUCGUGAUACAGGGCUUCGUUGGCGACUUCCAGGUGCCACUGUCCCCAGUGCAGGCGGCCGCGUCCAAUGUCGGCUCGAAUGUCAGCUCUCCGGCAGGAAAAAAGACCGGGACGCUGGCCUUGAUCAGUCGUCUCAGCUGGAAGAGGGCUGGCACGCGCUUCAACACACGCGGUGUCGACGAUGACGGCAACGUUGCCAACUUUGUCGAGACCGAGGCCCUUUUCAGCGAUGGCAACGUCACCUUCACCUUCGUUCAGGUUCGCGGCUCGGUGCCUCUCUUCUGGGAGCAACAAGGCCUGCAAGCCUUCAAUGCCAAGAUCCAGAUCACUCGCUCUCGGGGUGCAUCGCAGCCCGCAUUCGACCGCCAUUUCGCCGACCUCAUCUCCCACUACUCGCGCGUCCAUGCUAUCAAUCUGCUCGGUACACGCGACGCAGAGACGGUCCUGACCUCGGCAUAUGCAGAGCACAUGCGAUACAGCUCCGCGGAAAAGAUCGCCGUACUUCCGCCAGACGAGUCCACCUCUCUGCGCGGCGACAUCGUUGGCGACGAUGGCUCCGAACGGAUCGGCUUGACCAACUUUGACUUCCACACCGUUUCGCGCAACACGGGCGGCAUCGACGGCGUCCGCAGCGAGCUCCGUUACCUCGGACCCGUACAGCUGAAACGCAAGGCCUUCGGCUACUCGAUCAUCGACAGUGCGACGGGCGAAAUCCUUCGGCGUCAGAAGGGCAUCUUCCGAACCAACUGUCUCGACUGCUUGGACCGUACCAACGUCAUCGAAGAUAUGCUCUCGCGUUCCAUGCUGGACACCUUCUUUGAUGCUGCUGCUGCCAGUCGUGAUCCUUCCUACCAGGCGUUUUCGGAUCCCAACCAUGCGGUCUGGACGUCACAUCGCGUGCUCUGGGCUGAGAUCGGCGAUGCUCUCUCCAAGAUCUACGCUGGCACAGGUGCACUCAACUCGAGUUUCACCAGGAGCGGCAAGAAGACGCUCGGCGGCCUUCUCAGCGACGCGGCAAAGAGCGCCGGCCGCAUGUACAUCAACAAUUUCCAAGACAAGAGCAAGCAAAACGUCAUCGACGCCCUGCUGGGCAACAUGGCCAACCAGAAGCCCGUCACUGUCUUCGAUCCGGUGCUGGACAGCGUCACAGCCGAACUCAACGCCCGCGUCGACGAAUACUCGUCCAGCCGCAACAUCUCCAUCUUUGUCGGCACCUUCAAUCUCAACGGCAAAGCGCCUGGCGAGCCGCUCAUCCCCUGGCUGUUCCCAGACGGUCAAGAACAGGAGCCAGACAUCUUUGCCAUCGGCUUCCAAGAGAUCGUCGAGCUGACACCGCAGCAGAUCCUCAUGACCGAUCCGGACAAGAUCCGCAUCUGGGAGGCCAAGAUCAUGGAGACGAUCGCGCGCAGACCUGGCGCACGCUCCCGGUACAUCCUCCUUCGCAGCGAGCAACUCGUAGGCACAGCGCUCGUCGUCCUCAUCAAGGAGGAGCUGGUCAACGAUGUACGACUCGUCGAAGCGGCCACGCGCAAGACGGGUCUCAAGGGCGUCAGCGGCAACAAAGGAGGCGUCGCUAUCCGAAUGGACUACUACGACACGUCGAUCUGCUUCGUCACAGCCCAUCUUGCUGCAGGACACUCGGCGCGCGAAGAGCGCAAUGCAGACUACUGGACCAUCACUCGGGGUCUCUCGUUCGCACGAGGAAAGACGAUCAGUAACCACGAUCACGUCAUCUGGCUCGGCGAUUUCAACUACCGCAUCGACCUCACCAACGAUGCUGUCCGCUCGAUGGCUGCUCGCGGCGACAUCACCGGUCUCUACGCGCGCGACCAGCUUCGUCGCAGCAAGGACACCGGCGAAGUCUUUCCCGGCUACGAAGAAGGACCUCUCACCUUCGCGCCCACGUACAAGUACGAUAACAAUUCGGAUCAGUACGACUCUUCGGAGAAGCAACGUAUUCCAGCAUGGACGGAUCGGAUACUGUAUCGCGGAAUGGGGCUGUUGCAGCAGAGCUACAAUCGCGCCGAGCUGAGGACGAGCGAUCACAGGCCCGUGUACGCCAGCUUCAUCGCUCCCGUCCGCAUCGUAGACCACCUGAAGCGGGAUCAGAUCCGCAAGCAGUUGCUGGCGGAAAAGAAGGCCACCAACGGGCUUGUCGGGUUGGCCGAGUCGUCGUCGGAUUCGGACGACGAGAGCCUGCCCGAUCCGUCGGAUGACCAUCAGCAGUGGUGGAAUUCGCCGGCGACCUACGAGGACGAGUCGGACAGCGAUAGCGACGAUCCCUCUUCGAAUCCGUUUCGGACGAGCGACGCAGAGGACCGAACGCAAGGGGCGAUCGAACGAAGCGCCAAACCCGCGCUGCUCAACAGAAUAGACGUAGACAGCGCCUCGGGGCGCCUGAGUCCGAGAUCGUCGGUCACAGCAUCGGCUGCGGUUGAGCGACGCAUUGCGUCAGGCCCAGCCGUGCUGGCCAAUGGCCGCUCUGCCCCGCCGCCGAUCCCGAACAAGCCCUCGGCUGCGGCGGCGAGCAGUGACAGCACCGCUGCCGCCUCGCUAGCCUCCGCGAUCGCGCGACCCGAAUUGCCUAAGCGGCCAGGAAUGGGCUCACGAACCGCGUCCGGUUCGUCCGUUAGGUCGAGGAAGAGUCUGAUCGAUGACAGCGACUGA